GGAAUCGGUUAAGUGUUAUGAAAAGUUAUCCAUACGGGAAACGUGUGUGAAUCAAAAUAUGAAGAAUAAGUUAUAGUUGAAACGAGUGCUAUCCAGAAAUAGGAAAAGUGCAAACGAAACAAACAUCGGGCCUUCGAGGUACAAUGUGGCCAAAGCACGUGUUUGGCUACAAUAGGCCACACUGCAAAAAGUAGACAAGAACUGGGAAAAAUUAUCCGAGAGGGAGCAAGAAUUAAAUUUGCAUCCGCUCUAGUCAUAAAAUAGCCAUCAGAUGAAAGCUCUUCUUGUGAGGGGGGAAAUACUGAAAAUAAGAAGGUAUAAAUAUGAAAAUCUGCAUUUUUCUCUGAAAAAUUGCAUCUAAUUUCAAAACUGUAAAAUUGGGGAUAAAAAAAGCAUUCUGCAACUCAAAAAAGUGGAAACUUUUAUUGAUAAGAUCGAUAUGACUAAGUCAAGUCUUUCGGCAGAGAAAAACUUUUUAAAUCCAAUGGAAGAAAAGUUUGCAAAAAAAAUUUCAAAGAGUAUUAAAGAAAUGGCAAGCUUUUCGUCAAAGAGAAAAUCUUCACAACUCUUGGAAGGGGGCUCAGCAAUAAAAAAACCGAAGACUGUAAAUAAAAUAGAAUUAGGUGUAAAAGAAGAUCAUCUUGCAAGCGCGAAUUAUGAAGACAAUUACAGGGAACCAAAUCAGUCUGCAUUAAUUAAAAGGUUGCAACUGGCACAAGAAGAAAUAAUUCAAUUGAAACGUCAACUUAUAGAUUGUAUGCAAGAGAACAAAAAUUUAAGAGCAAUGAAUUCGAAAUUACAGACAAAAGUUGUCGAUAAAUUCGAGCGAGUGAAAGCUUCCAUCGACAACGUUACUGAAACAGCAGAAGCAAACCUGCGUGAGCGGAUCGAAAGUGGUGAAGAUUUGCCGAUAGGAACCGUAGACCGAGUAUCUAAUACGGGUGUGGAUAAUGGAUUAAUAAAAAUUCGUAUGAUAGAGAGAGGCACCAAUUGAACAUGACUCCAAAGAAAUUUCUUGUCAUGACAAGGUUAAUUUUCACUGUCUCCGUUUUGAAGAAUU